AUGCAGUACAUUGUCGAGCCUAAAGGGGGUCAGAUACCGAAGAAGGAUGAAAUCACAGAAGACAUACAUGCCAUUCUGAUCACAGGAAGCGAGUGGGAUGCACAUGGCGACGACGAGUGGAUUCAUGCACUCAUGGACUUGAUCAAACGCGUGCAGGGUGUGUACAUACAAAAGAGGCUAUUCACGACACAGGGACACAUGGAAUUCAACGAGGCUAUGGUGAAGAGGCAACUGGAGAUGCGAGUGAAGUCGGGCACUCUUUCAGAAAAGGAUGCGGACGAGGCGAGUGAACGGGCGGACUGGAUGCACGACGGCGCAUCGAAAGUCACCCCUAAAGCGAUUACCACGGCCGCGUCCGGGAAGAAGCCGGCAGGUCAGACCACACUGGUCGGAUCCGACUGGGCGAAAAGAUUGCCUGCCAACCACACGAAGAACAAGUCGAAGCCUGCGGGCACACCCAAUGGUAACAUCUUGGCCUUCUUUAAAAAGGCCGAGGAUAUCAACAACAGGAUUUUUCUCCAAGAGCGAGGUGCGAACCCUACGAUCGUGCUGGACGAGGUGGAGGAGGAUGUCGGCUGGAGCGACGAAAGUGCCAAUGGCGUCAUGACUCCAGAGGCGCGCGAAGAUCGCUAUAACGAGAACGGCGGCAGCAACAAGAAGAGAAGAAUAAGCGAGAGCUCAGCAGGACUCACAGAGCAAGGUCCCUUGUCUGCUUGUUCUCCACCGCCGCCAGCGGACAUGGAAAGCGCCACAUUACAAAGUCUCGCGCCUGCCGCUGUCAAGGAUGCUCCGGGGCGGCGCAAGAAAUCAGGCCCCUUUGUGGAUGAUUCGGAAUCUGAAGACGAAAGAGUUGAACCAUCUAUCAUCAAAAGAGAUGACACCGCACCAGCCAUGGUCAAGCCUCCCCAGACCGUGAGAUCCGAAGGCACUCCACGAUUUGAGGGCGAGCUCUACGAAGAUUUUGAUGACUUGGAGGACGACGACCUGUUGGAGGGUGAAGAAUACGAUGAACGGCGAUGGAUGCGCGAACAACAGAAGUUGGAGAUGCAAGAGGCGGGCUUCGAAGGCGAUCCAGAUGAUUUUGGCGCCACAGACAUGUUUCCGGGGGACGAUGAUACGCACAUGGACAGGGAAAAGCCGGCGGACUCGGUCGUGCCGUUGUGUCCAAUAUGCAACGGCAGUCUCCCUGGUUUGACCGAACAAGAAGUCUCGGUACAUGUCAACGCUUGCCUGGACGGAAAUCCACUCCCUUUACCACACGCAAAAACCUCGCCUGAGGCUACAACCACACCUACAAGCAACGCAAAAGCGUUUAAGCGCCCCAUCAGGCCAGCGAAAUCGGGACAAUCGAAUCCCUUUCAGCUUGGAGCUGCCAGCAGCACACCGACUUCGGCUUUCUCGAAGCUGAUGGCAGGACACGCAGAAGACGCGGCAUGGGCAUCGGCAGCAGCCGAGAACAACGCGGCCCGUGGCAAACCCGCAUACCAGCGCACAUGUCCAUUCUAUAAAAUUAUGCCAGGUUUCUUCAUCGCCGUCGAUGCUUUUCGCUAUGGAGCAGUAAAGGGCCAGAAAGCUUAUUUCCUCAGCCAUUUCCACAGCGAUCAUUACAUUGGCCUUACAUCCACUUGGUCACAUGGACCCAUAUAUUGCAGCAAGGUCACUGCAAACCUCGUCCGACAACAACUACGGGUCGAUCCUAGUUGGGUAGUGGAUUUGGACUUCGAGGCGAGGACAGAGGUGCCUGGAACGCAAGGCGUCUUCGUCACAAUGAUAUCAGCGAACCAUUGCCCCGGGAGCUCACUUUUCCUCUUUGAAAAAGAAACCAGUAAUGGAAAACCUUCGAAAUUGCAACGCGUCCUACAUUGCGGAGACUUUCGUGCGUGUCAAGCACACAUCGAGCAUCCAUUGCUUCGGCCAGAUGUACUAGACGUCGUGAGUGGCAGGAACAAACAGCAAAAGCUAGAUGUUUGUUAUCUGGACACUACGUAUCUGAAUCCAAAAUACGCUUUCCCACCGCAGCUGCAGGUUAUUCAAGCGUGCGCGGACAUGUGCGUAAGUCUGAAUAAGGGUCGUGCAGACGACGCGGAUGGCUGGGAGCAAAUGAAGCGGGAGCGAGCUGGUCAGGGCAUGGUCAAAUUCGUACGCAAAGAUUCCAACGCCGAUAAUCCAGAGCAGCCGAAAAGCCCUGAACGUGGCCGCCUUCUGGUCGUCGUUGGCACAUACAGCAUCGGCAAGGAGCGUAUAUGUGUUGGCAUCGCCAAAGCCCUUGGGAGUAAGAUUUUUGCUCCCGCUAACAAGCAGCGUAUCUGCGCUGCACUUGAAGAUCCAGAACUCAAUGCUCUAUUGACGAAGGAUCCUCGGGCCGCGCAAGUCCAUAUGACACCGCUGUUCGAGAUCCGCGCCGACACACUGGACGACUAUAUGCGGAACUAUGCCGAUACCUUCUCCCGAUGCGUCGGCUUCCGACCUUCUGGCUGGAACUACCGCCCACCGAAUAGUCGGUUCACAGAAUCACCAGCAGUACAGACUGUGUUGCACUCACAGAACUGGAAGAGCGCUUUCUCCAUGAAAGACCUCACUCCUCAACGUGGAAGCACUAGUCGCGCAAGUUGUUUUGGUGUGCCAUACAGUGAACAUAGUAGCUUUAGAGAGUUGACAAUGUUCUGCUGUGCUCUGAGAAUUGACCGAAUUAUUCCUACGGUAAACGUUGGAAGUGCGAAAAGUAGGGAAAAGAUGAAAGCUUGGUGCGAUCGCUGGGCGGUCGACAAGAAGAAGAAUGGGCUGUUCAAGCUUGGUGAUGACGGUUGGUGA